GGUACGAUCACUUUUGUUUUUUUACGGGUUCGGUGGAUGUUGCCCUUCUCCCGUUAAGUGGGAUUUUUUUUCCCCUGUGUUUUUUAGGAUCAUAUAUAUGUCAGCGUGACAUUCGGGGCGCGGCGUCACAGGGAGCUUGGCUGCGGUUCCGGCUGGCUGGCGAUCUCUCUCCCUGUGUGUUUGUCUCCGAUUCGCGCUACGUCCUUCUGUCAGCUGGAAGUGAGGAAGCGGACGGCAUAUCGCGUUGCGUCCAGCAGUCCAGUAUGGCUUCACGGAAGAAGGUGCUGCUCAAAGUUAUCAUCUUGGGAGACUCUGGCGUUGGCAAGACCUCUCUGAUGAACCAGUAUGUGAACAAAAAGUUCAGCAACCAGUACAAGGCCACGAUCGGCGCUGACUUCCUCACCAAAGAGGUCAUGGUUGAUGACAGGCUGGUCACUAUGCAGAUAUGGGACACUGCAGGACAGGAGCGCUUCCAGUCACUGGGCGUGGCUUUUUACCGUGGGGCCGACUGCUGUGUGCUGGUGUAUGACGUCACCGCACCCAACACCUUUAAAACCCUGGACAGCUGGAGGGAUGAGUUCCUGAUCCAAGCCAGUCCCCGUGACCCUGAGAACUUCCCAUUCGUGGUGCUAGGCAACAAGAUUGACUUGGAAAAUAGGCAGGUAACUACGAAGCGAGCUCAGGCAUGGUGUCAGAGUAAGAACGGCAUCCCGUACUUCGAAACCAGUGCCAAAGAGGCCAUCAAUGUGGACCAGGCAUUCCAAACGAUUGCCCGUAACGCUCUCAAACAGGAGUCAGAGGUGGAGACAUACGAUUUCCCUGAUCAGAUCAAACUGAGGGAUGACAAGCCAGUGUCCUCCAGCGAUGGCUGCGGUUGCUGAGAGUGCAGAAGAUGGGAGAUUGAGAGAGCAGGGCGAGGGAUGUAGGGUGUAUCAUGCAGGUGGACACCAUUAAUGUUUUCCUGAUACAUGGUUCCACAUCAAAACGGUGCAGUUUUUUUUAUUUUUUUUUUUUUUUUAUUAAUCUUUCCCAAAACUUGACACUCUUGGCAAGAACUGAAACGAUAGAGAGAAAAUCCUCAAUUGGCCUUCUCUUUCCACGUCACUCACAAGGUGAUUACAUCCGAGAAAUACAAAACAUACAACCUGAAUCAUGAAACUGUCUGUGGUUUCCAUCACCGGUGAGGACUUCUUUCCUCCCUCAUUUGCUCGGCUCUUGCAGCCCACUGAGUGCUGUAUCAGUAUCCAUGGUGCCAGUAGGCCCCCCCUCGCCGCCACCCUCCCCCAUCACUGUGUCUUUUCAUCUACCCACUUCUCUGCCGUUUCUUCCUUUGUCACACACAACCGUCGGAGUGGCUGGGAGACCGAUUCUCGGCUUUCUGAACGUCCCCACAGACGCACUAGAAUAGUAGCUAUCUGUCCUCAAGCACUUCACACGCCAGUGUGACCAUCGCAUGCUGUAUAAAGGAGAAAAAUUAUAUAUAUACUCACCGGGAAAGAGGUUUUUGGAGUGUAGCUUGUCAGACCUGUGUGACAGCAGUGUGUGAAGUUCUUCUGUAGGAGCAUCGGGGGCUCUGCUGGGAGGAGGAGCAGAGAGUGUAGCCUCACUGUGAGCAUUAAAGCGAGCCAGCGGCAGGGUAGCGAGGAUGGACCUGUACCACUUGCAGCCAAAGUGAGACUUUUAUUCUAGGUUCUAUUGCCCACUUAGUGCAGUGACCUCUGGUUUAAAUCUCACCCGCUGGUCAGCUUGCGCUCCUUCUCCGCCUCUGCUCCCUCGUCUCUCCACUUCAGUCCGGUCUUGACACCCGAGCUAAAGUACACACUGAAGUUUCCCCUUUUUUUUUGCCAAAUUGCUGGUCCUGUCCUCUCUGGGAUUUGACAAACCACGGUGGCUAUUUCCCCUGCCUUGCUUCCCUUAUUCUGAUGUGGCGGACAGCUAGUGAAACCGGAACGGAGUUGCUGCUGUGGCUGAGGUCUGAGCAGAGAGCAGAAGUCCGAUUUCACCCUGCGCUUGCAGACAGCUCUCCUUACCUUGUUUUGUAUCUGUGUAGUUACUGUAUAUCUAAAUCUGUAUUGAUUUUAUAUAUGCCGAUAUAAAAAAAAGAAUCCAAAUUAAACUAUUGUAUGCAUUAAAACCCCCUUUACCUUUUUGGCUGACCUGCCAUGUUAUAUCACCUGUUAAUAUAAUUUCCAUGACAAAGCAAGUUAAAUAAAAAGGUACAUUUA